CUUCGCUGAGGUUUCGCCACGAACCUCGUGCAUGCAGUUUUGUGAUGCGGAUCGGAGAGCGUGCAUGUAUGCUAGUAAUCACCUGCAUAAUAAUAUGCAGCUGCGCUGUGCACAAGCCAGGAUCGGAGCACUGACUGGUCCGUAGUUCGUACCUGCCCUCUCUCUCUCUCUUCGAGGCGAUUGACUGGAUUGCAGCGAGCGGUUGUGUGAGCGCGUGUGUGUGUUCAACCUGGGUGUAAACAGUGUCGCUCGGGAGUUGGUCGAGGAAGGGCUGAGCAGCUGAUAACACGCAGCAGACGAGCACAAUGACGGAGUUGAUCACAGCGGUCAAAGCCAAAGAUAAGGCUAAAGUGGAGACGUUGCUGGAAGGUGGUUCGGAUCCGAAUGAGAACGGUGCCGGAGGCAAGGAUCAGUCAGAGGUAUCGGACGUGACGGAAUUGAACGGUCCACUGCACUGGGCAUGUCGCUACAACCUACCCGACAUAGUGGAGCUGCUCGUUGAUCAUGGUGCUAGCUUGUUCCUGGAGGGAGAGAAUGGACAGACACCGUUACACUUGGCCCACUCAAGCUCGGCUGUGACAUCACUACUCCUGGACAAGAGCGCUAGCAUAUACGCAGAAGACACAUUACAACGCACACCACUGUACGUUGCAGCGCAGAGUGGUGACACCGACGUUGUCAAGGUGCUCCUGGAAGCCGGCAGUGAUGCAUGCCAAGUCAGCCAGGGCUGUGGAGGGCGCACAGCACUACACGAAGUGAGCAAUUCCGUUGACAAGUGUAAGCUGCUGCUGGAGAACGGAGCGUCUGCAGAAGCAGUGGACAGUAAUGGAAAGACUGCGCUGCACUGUGCACGACACGUGGACGUAGUACGUCUACUCUUGGACAACGGCUGUGCAAUCAACACCACCGACAAGAGCGGUAAUGAAGCGCUACACGACAUCCUGAACAGCACGGCUACGUCCGACAAAGGUGCAAUUAUCAAGCUGCUAUUGGAGCGUGGUGCCUCGGCCAAUGCUAACAACGCCGAUGGUGAGAGUCCCGUGUUUCUGGCGGUGAGUGCCUGCAAUGGCUUCACCGCUCCGCUCUCUGAACUGCUGGCACACAGCGCUAAUCCCAACAGCAAAACAAAGGAUGGUCUAUCACCACUAUUAUGUGCCAUGAAGAAAGGCUACAUCCCAAUUGUGCAGCAUCUGAUCAAGGCUGGUGCUUCUCUCAACGAAAAAGACAACUCGGGCAACACGACAUGUCACUAUGCAGCUAGGGGCGGCAAUGUCAAUCUGAUGCUGCAGAUCUUCAAGAACCAAGCACCGGAGACCAUCAACGACCAGAAUGCCGACGGUGACACACCUCUACACGUUGCCGUGGGCAAUGGCAAUGUCAAUAUGGUCGCCUAUCUACUCAGUGUGGGAGCUGAGGUCAAUGUUGUCAAUAAGGCAAACCAAUCGCCGAUUGAGCAAGCCGAGGCACUGAACAAGGAGAACAUUGCACGCAUGCUGGUCAAACACCUUGACAAAGUUAAGAAACCACCGCCACCUCCAGUUGUCGUGGCAACGGAGGACUGCCAGUCAGGCAUGCCGGGACAUCUACCGUUCGUUGAGGGAGACCUGAUAGCUAUCACAGGCAAGCCGUACGAUGAAUGGUGGGAAGGUUACGUUGUCAGCGACCCGGAGACUAAGGGACUGUUCUGCACUCUGCUGGUCGACCAACAACCUCUAGAUGAGGAUGAGGCAAGAGCAGCCAUUGAAGCAUCCGGUAGGCCGAAGGAGAUCAUCUCUCAGUCGGACUACAAGCAAGCCGUGGACAUGGUGUCAAUGUCAUCCGUUGGCACCAAGGUCACUGGCCAGGCAGCCGGGCUUCUCUGUGAACAGGAGGAUGUACUGCGCUCUGAAUGCCCAUUGCUAACGGAUGAUGAGAGAGCUCUGUUUGCAUCUCUGAAAGUGCUCCUAUCUGAAACCAGUGGAUCGUCGCUGGAACAGGCACCACUGCUACGAGCUAUCAACAAGGCGAUUGAUAGAAUCGACUCUCAGUUGACGUCCAAGCCGGUGGAAGACGACUUAUCAAGUGCAAUGAGUGAGGCAGAGCAAGCUGCGGCGGAUGCCCUGGCAGCAUUUGCUGACUCAUCGCCGGCUGGUGACGAUGAAGGCAGCGCGGCAGCGGCGAGUGACUCCGCCGACUCCAGCGGCAAGGUCAAGAUUGUGGAGCCGAGUAUUUCCGCAGAAGAAAUGGAAGUACUCAAGACGUCUUCAGACGCACAGAAAGAACAGCUUGCCGACUUCAAGGAGAUGGUAACGAGCUCUGCUCAACAGUUUGCCUUUGCCGUGAGACUCAUGCAGAAACUCUCCGAAGUCUUGCUAGCGUUCAAGUGUCUAGCAUGUGGUCUGGAGAAACGUGAGGUGGACGACAUUGACAAGGCCUGCAGCAGCGUCGAACUGCUAGGAACACGAAUGGCUUUGCCUGCUGCAUGCCUUGAUGAACCAAUCAAGGGACGGGCAACAAAGGCACAACUUGCAAAGAAGGAGAAGCUUCAUGAUCAGAUUCGCCGCAUAGCCAACUUGUGUCCGUCUGUCACUGCAGUGGAUGAUAUCUGUCUAGGCCUAGCGCAGGCACUGGUGAAUCGGUACGACCUGCAAAUCACCCAGUUGAUGUAUGAAGGUGCUGUACAGCUGGCUGAAGGAGUAGUCAUGCAACUGCUGGAGUACAUCCUGGUCGACUGCCCGGAUGAGCAGAAUCUAGACACCAUCGUGCCGUCGCUUGUGCAUGCCAUAGUGUUUGCACGUCGCUCAGCGCAUACCUCACAGCUACUCAAGAAAGAGGGUAUCCCCUGCCAGCCCAGCAAGAUCGUGGGCAAAGCUCACACGACAUGGAGCAUUGACGGUGUCCUCCGCAAGACUGGUAUCCUAACACCGGAAGGAAGGAAAUACGUUGGCCUGCAGACGCGCGCAGACCUGUUUGGUUAUCGUCAUGGUACCAAGUCUGAGGUAGAUUCUCUGAAUAUGGUGCGGCAAGGCUAUGAGAAGACUAUUGGUCCCAAGCAGCGGCGUGCAUCCAAGGUGGGAGUACCAAUGCCGCCCGCAGCACCUGUCCUGGACAGCGAUCCCACGGCCAAGGCCGUAACACCGACACAGAAAGAAGUGCGGCCGAUCGAGAAGGGCAGCUACUGGCUUAGAAAACAAGAAGAGUUGAGUGAACGCAUCAAACAACUAGAGCUUCUCACCAACGCCUCAAAGUAGAGCCAUCCUCCGUGCAGCCCCGGACUUAGCAAUGUUUUCUUGUUGUAGACCGUUAGCAUCAGGGAGUAGUAAAAUACCAUAUAUUUACUACUACCUGGUUAGGAUAGUAACUGCCCAGUCGCUGACACCUUACUAGUAUUGGCAUCUAGUCAACAUAGCCGCUGCUACUGCGUGUAUGAAUGCUUUGCUGAACAUGCUGAUGCUGCUCUGUCACCAUGGUUUCCAUGGCUGCCUGCAUGGUGGGUACUAUGGCAACCUACAUGUACAUGGUUACCUGGCUGCCUUCUCAAUAAUAGUUUUUGCAUGCACACUUGGUCUUCUUCAGAACAAGCUUGUUGCAUGUAACGUUAGCUGCGAUUUUGCACCAAUGUCGUGUUUUCAGUACCGUUCACAUCGACUGCGGGAAGUCUUGGGAAGCAGCUGUCGGAAUGCACACUAAAUACCUCGUUUUCGUAUGAUUUGACCUUGUAACUUUAGUCGUUUUUUUCUUUCUUUCUUAUACAUGUAUAAUUAUUAGUGGAAAUUGUCAUGUGUCAUAUAUAAACUAUGAAUAAUCAAUAAUGCAUGCCAUGCAUGCUUGUAUGCCUCAAUCAGGGAGUGGUAAAGUACUAAUUUAUGUACUACUCCUAUCAAUGUCAAGUUCUUUGACUGUACAUGUACAUGUAUAUCACAGUCAUGCAAUGAUGGUUUGUACUGCCGGCUUUGAACCUUUGAAUAAGUGUGAUACAUGACUGUACUCUCACCACAUCCA